AUGUCCCUACCCUCUCCUGUACCACCUUCCCGACACAUCUCUCAAUCUGGAUUCACCCCGUGUAUUAUUUGUACUGAUCCCGUGGAUGAGUCUAUGCAGGCAACUACUUCUAAUGCAGGUUCUUCUCUGCCACACUCGAACUCCAACCCGGCUUCUCCUGAGCCUGUCACUGAGUUACCUCUAAUUGCUCGCACUCCUGUUCCGGCUGCUCCAUUAGGCUCCCAUCCUAUGGUCACACGUGCCAAGGCCGGCAUCUUCAAAACUCGCCACCCAGCGCAUCUUGGUCUUGUGGGCUCCUCUGGUCUUCUCUAUGCUCUUCUUACAUCCAUUGAGCCUAAAGGAUUCAAAACCGCUGCUAAGAAUCUUGCAUGGCUUGCUGCCAUGGAAGAAGUUCAAGCCCUGCAACGUAAUUGUACCUGGACUUUGGUUCCUCGACCUGCCAACACCAACAUUGUGGGUUCCAAAUGGGUGUUUCAAACCAAAUACUUGCCUGAUGGUUCUAUCAAGCGUCUCAAAUCCCGUCUUGUUGCCAAGAGCUACACCUAG